AUGACGUCUGGUGGAGCGGUAUCACUAGCUCUUAAGAGAGCAGAGGAAAACGGACUUUUUUCCGAUGUGAAUCUUUCUGUAAUGUGGAAAAAUACAGAAUGUAGUGAAAGUGAGGCUCUUGGAGAAAGUGUCGAACUACACAUGCGUCAUCAAGUGGAUGUUUUUAUUGGACCAGCUUGCCACUCAGCGUUGAAAGCGGUGUCCUUGUUGGCCUCGUACUGGGAAAUACCAAUUCUCUCGUGGUUUCCCAUAGAAACCAACCUCACCAUGACGACGGAUCACUCUCAGCUAAUCAGCCUUUACGGAUCGUAUUCGGAUAUCAACGACGCCAUAUUCGGCGUUCUUCGGCACUUUUCGUGGUCAAAGAUCGGAAUCCUCAGGUUUGAAGAUGAUUUCAUUUGUAAUUUGCUCUAUGACGUCAUCCAGCGUAAACUUGCGCAUCAUCAAGUUGGCCUUCUUCACAGUGUAGCCUUUGCAGAUGACAGUAGCGCCACCAUCCGUCAAGGACUGGAAGCCAUUCAAGCCAGAGCAAGAAGAAUAUCCGGUGAUGUCACCCUAACGGAAAACGGUGUUAGAAUACCCAAGUACCGUGUACUUCAUUACCAGAAUGGCGAACUUGCGAUAAUUGGUACAGUUACCACUGAUUACGUUCCAUCCCCUGGAAUCAAGGUGAUUUGGAGUGCCGGAGAAACCCCAAAAGACUCCCCGAAAUGCGGAUUUCACAAUGAGUUGUGUAUUCAGCCAGGAGGUUUCCCUAACCAUUCGGCGGUCAUCAUUGGCUCGGUCCUGACCACUGCGGUUGUGUUUGGUCUUGUCCUCACUUGUUUCACAUACAGACGUCUCCAUUACGAGCGAAGUUUAGUGAGAAUGACGUGGUCAGUCGACGAGCGUGAUCUAAAGCUCAGUGGUAAAGCCACAUUACCGACGAGUUCUCCCCCUUGUGCAGGGGGCGCCACUUCUCCCAAACCACUGGUACGCAUGAACACGAGUGGUACCUUAGGCCUCGGCUCUGCUUGUAGUCUGGAUAGAAACCAACAGCUUUUCACCUUGAUCGGGAAUUACAGGGGAUGUGUCGUGGCUGUCAAACGUUUUAAGACAGUCAUAGAUCUGACACGAGAAGUCCUGAAAGAUUUAAAAGCUCUGAAAGAGUUACAUCACGAGAAUUUGAAUGCGUUCAUCGGUGCCGCUUUCAAACAGCAUGGAAGCCUUGUUCUCACACAGUAUUGUUCCAAAGGUAGUCUUCAGGAUGUUCUUGAGAAUGACGAUUUUAAACUGGACAUGACGUUUAAACUGUCAUUUGCCAUGGAUAUUGCCAGGGGAAUGACCUUCCUUCAUGGCAGCCCGAUUAGGAGUCAUGGUAACUUGAAAUCGAGUAAUUGCGUCCUCGACAGUCGCUGGGUGGUCAAGGUCACUGACUACGGCGUCAUCACGGAGCAUCUGACGUCACUUCCUGAAGACAUGGGACCCCAUCAAUAUUACAGCCACAAACUAUGGACGGCCCCUGAAUUGCUCCGCCUGGAACACCCUCCACGUAAAGGGACGCAACCGGGUGAUGUCUACAGCUUUGGUGUCAUUCUUUCAGAAAUCUUGUUAAGAACAGGUCCUUUCUCUUAUAACAACAAAAACCCGGAAGAAGUCGUAGCUCUUGUAAAGACGUCAGGAAUUCCGUACCGGCCGGCCAUACCCUUCACCAGUGAUGUCACACCUGCCUCUCGUGAUCUUAUGACGUCAUGCUGGGAGGAGUGCCCUGACCUUCGACCAAAUUUUACAAAGGUCAAGAAGCAAUUGGUACAGCUAAAUGGAGGAAGGAAGACGAGUAUGUUCGAAAACAUGUUGAAGAUGCUGGAGAGUCACACGAAUAACCUGGAGGAGUUGGUAACGCAGAGAACCAGAAUGCUGGAGCUGGAAAAACAGAAGACGGAUAAAUUACUCCACCAAAUGCUGCCAAAACCGGUCGCCAAUCAGCUUAAACUUGGAGAAAUUGUUCAGCCGGAAACUUACGAAGAAUCCACAAUCUUCUUUUCGGACAUUGUCGGCUUUACAGCGAUUUCCAGCAGCAGUACCCCAAUGCAGGUAGUGAAUCUAUUGAAUGAGCUCUACAUUACAUUUGAUACGAUAAUUCCUAAACACGAUGUUUAUAAGGUGGAGACAAUUGGAGAUGCUUACAUGUGUGUUAGCGGAGUGCCGACCAGAAACGGAAACCGUCAUGUCGUAGAGAUCUCCAACAUGGCUUUAGAACUCCUGAAUGACGUCAGAUUUUUCGAAAUACGUCAUAUGCCCGGAGAGCAAUUGCAGUUACGCAUAGGCGUACACACGGGCCCCUGCGUCGCGGGAGUUGUCGGCCUUGCUAUGCCUCGUUACUGCCUGUUUGGAGACACUGUCAACAUGGCGUCCAGAAUGGAGUCAACGGGAAAAGAGCUGAGCAUUCAUAUCAGUGACGUCACAAACGAGGCUCUCUGCCAAGCCGACAGUGGGUUUGUCACAGUGCGAAGAGGAUGGAUUGACGUCAAGGGUAAAGGACAGGUUCUUACUCACUGGCUGAUCGGUAAGACGUAUCCCACAGGUGUUACCAACAGCAGCGAACCCAAACCAGAGUCAGAUAUCAUGGGCAGUAUCGGCUAG